AUGUGAACAAAUUAUAGAGAACUUUCUUAAAUAAUUGUCUCUGAUUUGUAAAGCUGAGUACAAAGUAACACAUGCUUUCUCAUUUUUCAGUUGUUUCUGAUAAUACAACAAUUCAAGGAACAAGUACAACUCUUUCACAACAAAUAGAUUCGACAACUCUAUCCCAAAUUACUGGACUAAAACCACAAAAGACUCUAUAUUCCUCUACAGUGAUGUCUAAAAGUAUACCUGUGUUUGCAGCUGACUGUAAAACCAUAUCAUAUUCCAACACAACGUCUCCACCUCUGGGAACAACAACUGCAUCAAAAAAUUUUAAGCCAUCCAUAGCUAAGAUAUCUACGUUAGCAGCAGAUACGUUACUUACUUCAGCAGCCAUCACUCUGCCUACCAAGAGUACAUCCAUAAUUACUACUAACAAUUCCAUGAAAACAAGUAAAUCCCCAUCGUCAGAAACGACGAUGACAACAGAAAUGGCUGAAGCCAUUGCUUCUGAGACCUUCCAUCAAACUACGGCUACUGAUCUUCUCUACACAUCUGGGUUUACCAAUAAUUCAGUUGUAUCUAAAACUUCAGCAACUAGAUCUCAGUCUGCCAUUACGAAGGCAACAUCUUUAUUCUCAUCUAUUGAGUCAACAUCCAUGUCUACAACAUCUUGGCCCAAACACAAAUCCACAGAUAUUGGGGCACUCCCUAUCUCUACAGCUGGACAGGUGUUUCUUGCAUCUUCAGCUGCUGGAACUGUGCCUUGGUCCACAGUGGAACAGAUUUCAGCUACAACUACUCACAUUGGGACUGCAUCAGCUUUCCCACCUAAGUCUGAGCUCAUCUCCACAGCUGCUCCAGUGGACUCUGUAUUUCCUAGAAAUCAGACCACAUCUACAUCGGCAACAACUGAUACAGAAAUAGCAUUUACACUUUAUUCAAUGACUCUUCCAACUAGGCCUAUUGAGACCAUGCCUGCCCUAAGAACAGCUGAAACAGAAUUGACAUCUACAGAUUUCCACGGUGUCUCUUCACCCAGAGUGGAGGAUGCAAUAUCUACCUCCAUGCCAAAAGAGGCCUCUUCUAUGGCCCUUUCUUUCCAGACGUCCUCUCCAUUCAUUGGAGCUCAGAGUGUACAGACAGUUAUUGAUGCUGAGACUACACUCACAGUCUUAACUCCUGGAAUCACACUUGCACCUACAGUGGCUGAAACUAUUCUUUCCCCCACAAUCACAGGGCCCGUAUAUACACAAAAUAUGCCCACAUCUGGUGAAAACAUGUUUCCUUUGAGUUCCACUAGAUCAGCUUCCACAGCCAAGGCAUCUGGGUCAGGCCCCACAACUAUAACUGAUGAAGCUGCCCACCUGUUCUCCACCAAUGAGACCACUUGGACUUCCAGGCCAGAUCAAAAUCUUUUGACCUCUAUAAAUACAAGCACCAUACUUACAUUCAUGCCUAAUGAAAAUUUCACAUCUGCAUUCCAUGAGGGUAUUUCUAAUACAGAGCAUUUGUCCACAACUACUAAUAUUAUCACUCCACCAGAAGCAUUCACAGAGAGCGAGGCUACUGCCGCUGCUGAUGCUAUUACUGCUACAGCCAGAUAUGCAACAGCUCUAUCCAGAUUGACAUCGCCAUGGUUUGCUAAUUUCUCCACAGUUUCUGGAACCACAUCUAUACCCAAAUCAUCUGAGUUUAAACUUACCACUUUACUACUAAAAACCACCCCUAUGUCCACAGUAGCUGCAAAUGAACUUCUUUCAACACCAAGGGAGACAGUUGUUCCACCAGAAGAUACGAAAUCUACCCUUGCUGACAUUAAAUCAAAUUUUUCUACUGAGGAGAGCCCUUCUGAGACCACACAAACAGAAACAAACGUUACAAUUGCAUUUGGAGAGAAAACAGCCCUUGUUCCAAAGUCUGUGGCAACACAAAUUUUCAAUUCUACUGUGACAAGAAAAGAAACAACUUCCCGUUAUCUUACGGGAAAAUCAACUACAGCAGUGACAGCUGAGGUUUCUCCAUUUUCAACAAUGCUGGAGGUAACAGAUGAGUCUGCACAAAUGGUGACAGCCUUGACCACCAUUUCCCCUUUUCCCAAUAUAGAAAAGACUACUACCCUAGUGGAUAAUAAAACUGUAACUACUGAGGUUAAAAGACGUUGGUUUACAACAAAAUCUGUGAAAACCACACUUAAGAGUUUGAGUUCGUACAAUGGAACUACAGAAAUCUUUAAUUCCACCCACACCUGUGCAGCACAUUGGACUUCAGAGACUCCACCUGUGGGGAAUUCAGCUCCAUCUCCCACUUCUGGGCACACACGGACACUCCCUGAACUCCCGGAUGUAUCCACUACAAGGAUACUUGGAACCAUUUUCGCCACGAUUCCUACAGACAGGACAGCUAUGUCCUCGUCUGCUGGCACCUUAUCUCCACAGCCUACAUCUACCCAUUCCCCAGCAACCCCUGGGCCUGUUACCCAUAUGUUCUCACUGCCAGUUAAUGGCUCUGCUGUCACCUCUAUGAUGAUGUCUGAUGAGACUAAGGCGACCACGCCUGAGCCUUCAACACCGGCUGGGGCUUUCUCCGCAUCUGUGCUCUCGGAUGUCUCAACUCUGCCAUCAUCUACAGUGACCACAGCAUCAGUGACAACACUGAGUCAGACUGCUUCCACAACUAGCAGUAACAUGCCUCCCCACAGAGACUCUAUUCUCACCACUUCAGAGGCCACAGUGAUCUCUGUCAGGAUGACACCCAUGACAUUUCCCUCUCUGACAGAAACUCCAGUCCCCUCACUGAGACCCCCCACUCCUAUAACAACUAAGGUUGAUACCACCCUUCAUUCCACCUCCUCUGACAUAGUAACUCCAUCCACACGUGCUCUUACCCGUUCCACAUCUCUCCCUGACAACAUUCCUCUUGCGUUCUGCACUCAUGUGAUCUCAACUACGUCUAGACCAGUAGCAACUCAGUCUGCAUCUCAAGUGACAGAGGCUACAGUGUUGGAGACAUCUACCCAUGCUCUGAGCUUUCCAUAUACUUUGAGUGGUGGCACAGAUGCUCUUAGCUUGGCUGUUGGCACCACAGAAACCUCUAUUGUUGACGAGACCGUGCCCUCACACACCUCUGCCAACAAGCUUACUACCUCAGUAGACAUUCACAGUUCUCAAUCUUCCACACGUCUUGUAAACACACCUGUUCCCACUCUACUGAUGACAGGCACCUCUACUGUAUUAUCUGACAAAGAGCAGAUGAUCACCUCCUUGGGAAACACUCCUAGAACUAUAGAUACAAUAGAAAUGUCCCCAUCAAAGAAUUACUUUAUUUCAUACCCCCAGGGUACUUCAUCCUUGGAAAUGACAGAUGUAGGAUUUUCAGAAACCCUAAAAAUUUCCAGUCACCAAACAUAUUCACCUUCAGAGAUUCCACUUGGGACUCUGCCUGAGGAAAAUUCAGCUUCAUCCCCCACUUUUGGGAGCACACAGACUACACCUACCUUGACCUCAAAUAACAUAGUAGAUGCUCACAUUUCAGAAAUGUCUACCAGUCUUGGGAAAACAGAUCUCCCUUCACAAGCUCUGACAACCACCACUUCUUUGUUCCCUGAAAAAGAAAGCAUGAGUGCCCUUUCAGUAUAUACUCCCAGAUCUGUGGAAAUGACAGUAAGCCCCACCUCUGUAACUCACCUUGUCUCAUACAACCAGGAUACUUCAUUUGUAGAUACCGCACCUUCCAGGACAACCAGAUUAUCAAAUUUUAUGAACAUCAACACAACUACUUCACACUUGCCUUCACUUAGGACUCAACCUGAGAUGACUUCAGUUUCCUCCCCUAUUUCUGAAAGCACACAGACUUCCCCUGAGUCCCUGUCUCUUUCCACAGCUGGACUAUUCAAUGAAAGUUUUACUAUUAUCUCUACUGACAGGAUCACUACAGUCUUUUCUGUUCCAAAUGUACCUACGUCACUUCUUGGGAAAACUUCUAUGACAACACCUAUUCCUAUUUCCCAGAUGUCCUCACUACCAAUUAAUGUCACUUCUUUCACUUCCAAAAGAGUUUCUGAGACUCCCACAAUUCUAAUGACUCAGUCUUGUGAAACAACAUCCCCAGGUUGUUGGAAGAGUUCAGUUGUAGCCACUUCUGGGCCUAUGUCUGAGAUAUCCUCACUGUCAGUUAAUGACUCUGCUUUCUCACCUGUGGUGGUUUCUCCUGCUACUUCCACAACAGUUGGGUCAUUCCCUACUUUAUCGUCUUCAAUUACCCCAAGGACUGCUACGACCAUAGAAACAUCUACAUUGGAUGUCAUACCUGUGACAUAUGCUGGGCCUUCUGCAAAAGGCACAAUAGUUCCCUCUGCUUUCACUACUUCGGAAAUGACAAAGAUGUCUUCCAGCAUCACACCUACAUCCUUUUCCUCUCUGAAAGAGUCAACUUUUCCAUUUGUGAAAACCAUCCCAACCACUGUUACGGCUGGGAUAGUGACUCCACUGACAGGCACCACUCUUUUCUCUGUACUCAGUUCUAAGAACACUGAAGCUAUUUCUUCCACCCCAAUGACCACAUUUUCACCAAUUCUGUCAACAGCCCAACAACCAUCACAAGGAGAUGAGGCUACAAGUCUGAGAAUAUUACCUGGGAUUACUCACAGCUCCCUAUCUACUGUGAAUAGUGGUAGAGAGACAGCUCUCGCAAAUACUUUUUCCAGAACUGUUGUCCCUGAAAGCUUGCCUUCGUCUACGCCUUCAGAUAAUCUCUAUACUUCCUUGAAUAUUCAGGUUUCCCCAUCUUUGAUUAGCUUUAACAGCACUCCUGGACCCACAAAAAGUGUGAAAGUCACCACUUACCUUUCUUCUAAUACCGAAAAGAUGACUUCUUUGUCAGAAAAUACUUCCUUAACAGAAGAACUAACAAAAAGUGCCACAUCAAUGAAUACUCCUAUUUCAUAUCCUCCACUGACCCCAUCCAUAGCAACUCCACUUUCUUUGACAUCAUUUCCUUAUUCACCUCAUAGUAUUGAAGCUGAAUUCUCUACUACAAAGACCUCUCCAGUUUCUAAAUCCCACAUGGUUGAAUUUCCAGCUCUGGUAACAGCAAUAACAUCUAGUAACUCUCAGUCUUUGCUUAAGACUUCUUGGAGCACUCCCACAGCUAUAGGUUCUCAAUUUCCAAUUUCCACCACUGCUCAUGGACCUACACCCAACACGAUGGAAACAGAAACUCUACAACUUGUCCCGGGGAUCUACAAUCUCGAAGGCUACUACUUUACCCAUGCUGACUUGGAUCUCAUCUAA